AUGCCUUCUGCCUUUCAAUGGAAGCCGGAGCCCCUCGAUGGGCAGGGUGCUCCAUUCACGCCUGUUAAGAUAGAGGAAGGAUGGCUCCCGAUCAUCAAGCACGAAGCGAAUUACCCCGUAGAGAUCUUCGAGUUGAUUCUCGGUGAACUCGUUUACCACCCAGAAAGGAACUCAACUUCGAUCUUACGAGCCGACAUCCUCUACGACUCAUCCACCAGCGACGACGACGACGACGACAAUGCCGACACCCCAAUCCCAUCCCAAUCAAAGACCUACGAAGUCGAGGAUUACCAAUUGGUACGACGUGUCGAGCGGCUUCUCUUACCGCGAAACCCAAAUAUCGACAAACCUCUCGCCCAAACAUGUCUCUUCUACCGCUCCAUCCCCUCCGCCGCCGCCGCCGCCGACGAUGACCAAGAUCCAGCAUCGCUCGUAAUCUACCUCCCACACGUCAAUCGCGCAGAAGAUGUCCCAUUCUACCACCCCCCCGUCGCCGGUCUCGGAUUCCUCUACACCCCCUCUUCACGCACGAUCUCACUCUCCCUCCUCCUCCUCCCCGACACCCCCACCAACCCCCUUCCCACACGACUGACGAGAACCGCUGAUGCCCUACUACGAACAAUCCACAAACAUUCCCUCGGCCGCCAAAACGGCUACCAAAAACGGGUGCAUCACGACCUUCUCGUCCCCCGCUCCCUCUUCCAAGAUACCUACCUCACCCUCAAAUCCCGACACGCAAAACAUCUUUUCGAGAAUUGGGUCGAGCGGACGGAUCCCAAGAAACACGUGUUUGAGGAUUUAGGUAUCGCGGCCUUUUUGGGUGGGUUGUGGACGGAGAUUUAUGGGAGGGGUGAUUUGGCGAGUGCGAAGGAGAGGGUUAGGUUCGUUGAUGUUGGGUGUGGGAAUGGGGUUUUGACGCACAUUUUGUUGGAGGAGGGAUGGAGGGGAUAUGGAUUUGACGCACGGCGGAGGAAGACUUGGGCUGUCCUGGGAGAGACUGCGCAGGCGAACUUACGCGAAGCGAUCCUCAUCCCACACCUCAUCCCCGGUGCCUCCGAAGUCGAGGGAGAAGGAUUCGAGGUCGAGGAUGGGCGGUGGGAGGGGGAUACGUUCAUCAUCGGGAACCAUGCCGAUGAGCUCACGCCGUGGAUUCCACUCCUCGGGGCUACCUCGUCGUGUGCGUGGGUGGUUAUUCCCUGUUGCCCACACGCCCUCUCCGGCGCCAAACACGCUACCCUCAAAGUCGGUGAGGGAGGAAGAUACCAUGCCUAUGUCGACUGGGUCGAGGAUGUAGCUACGAGGGCGGGGUGGGAGGUCGAGAGGGAGGCGUUGAGGAUUCCGAGUACGAGGAAUAUUGCGUUGGUUGGACGACGGCGGUGGAGAAAAGAAUUGGAUGUGGGAGAGGAGGGGGCUGUGGCUGUGGAGAGGGUUAUAGGGGAGGAGGGGGGUGCGGGGGGGUUCGUGGAGAGUGCGAGGAAGGUUGGGGGGAGUGGGGUUAGGGGGCAUUAG